AAAUGCACAGACACUGUUUUCACUGUCAAAAAUCUGAUGUUCCCACAGACAGUAACUGUGAAGGAGGCCGAUGUUCAUCCUCAGAACCCGCCAAAGUUUGAUAAAAUUGAGGACAUGGCAAUGUUCACCUUCCUGCACGAGCCCGCUGUGCUGUUUAACCUCAAAGAGCGUUAUGCAGCCUGGAUGAUCUACACCUACUCUGGGCUCUUCUGUGUCACUGUGAACCCCUACAAGUGGCUGCCAGUGUACAACCAAGAAGUCGUCAUUGCUUACAGAGGCAAGAAGAGGAGUGAAGCUCCUCCUCACAUCUUCUCCAUCUCAGACAACGCCUACCAAUACAUGCUGUCAGAUAGAGAAAACCAGUCCAUUCUUAUCACCGGAGAAUCCGGUGCUGGAAAGACUGUGAACACCAAGAGAGUCAUUCAGUACUUCGCCAGCAUUGCUGCUAGUCCUUCAAAGAAGGAGACCAGUGAUAAGAAGGGUACUCUAGAGGAUCAAAUCAUCCAGUGUAAUCCUGCUCUGGAGGCUUUUGGAAAUGCCAAGACCAUCAGAAAUGACAACUCAUCUCGCUUUGGCAAGUUCAUUCGCAUUCACUUUGCUGCCAGUGGAAAGCUUGCUUCUGCUGAUAUUGAGACUUAUCUUUUAGAGAAAUCCCGUGUGACUUUCCAGCUCAAGGCUGAGAGUGACUACCACAUCUUCUACCAGAUCCUGUCUCAGAAGAAACCAGAACUUCUGGAGAUGCUGCUGAUCACAGCAAACCCGUACGAUUAUGCCUUCAUUUCUCAAGGAGAGACACAAGUGGCCUCUAUUGAUGAUGCUGACGAGUUGAUGGCUACAGAUGAAGCGUUUGAUGUGUUGGGCUUCACCCAAGAGGAGAAGAACGGCAUCUACAAGCUGAUUGGUGCCAUCAUGCACUACGGCAACAUGAAGUUCAAGAUUCAUUGCCAUCAACCAUUAAAUUCUAAUUCUUUUUUUGGCGCAACAGAUGCUGAUAAAUCAGCUUAUCUGAUGGGCCUGAACUCUGCUGAUCUCAUCAAGGCUCUGUGCCACCCAAGAGUCAAAGUAGGAAAUGAGUGGGUCACCAAGGGACAGAAUGUCCAGCAGGUGUACUAUGCUAUUGGAGCUCUUUCCAAAUCUGUGUACGAGAAGAUGUUCCUCUGGAUGGUUGUGAGAAUCAACCAAUCCCUGGACACCAAACAGCCUCGCCAGUACUUCAUUGGUGUGCUGGACAUUGCUGGAUUUGAGAUCUUUGAUUUCAACACCUUUGAGCAGCUGUGCAUCAACUUCACUAAUGAGAAGUUGCAGCAGUUCUUCAACCACCACAUGUUUGUGCUGGAGCAAGAGGAAUACAAGAAGGAGGGCAUUGAGUGGGUGUUCAUUGACUUUGGCAUGGAUUUGCAGGCUUGCAUUGAUCUCAUUGAAAAGCCCAUGGGUAUCAUGUCCAUCCUUGAAGAGGAGUGCAUGUUCCCUAAAGCCAGUGAUGCAACAUUCAAAGCUAAGCUUUAUGACAACCAUUUGGGGAAAUCGAACAACUUCCAGAAGCCCAGGAUUGUCAAGGGUAAACCAGAGGCCCAUUUCGCCCUGGUUCACUACGCUGGCACAGUUGACUACAACAUCAAUAACUGGCUGGUGAAGAACAAGGAUCCUCUUAAUGAGACGGUUGUUGGCCUGUAUCAGAAGUCCACCAUGAAACUGUUGUCUAACCUGUUUGCUAAUUAUGCUGGAGCUGAAUCAGGUAAGAAGAAAAAGGGCUCUUCUUUCCAGACAGUAUCUGCCCUUCACAGGGAGAACCUGAACAAGCUGAUGACCAACUUGAGGUCAACUCACCCUCACUUUGUGCGUUGCCUGAUUCCAAAUGAGACUAAGACUCCUGGGGCGAUGGAGAAUCCUCUGGUCAUGCACCAGCUGCGCUGUAACGGUGUGCUGGAGGGCAUCAGAAUCUGUAGAAAGGGCUUCCCCAACAGGAUCCUGUAUGGAGAUUUCAAGCAGAAAUACCGCAUCCUAAACCCUGCUGCUAUCCCUGAGGGACAGUUUAUUGACAGCAGGAAAGGAGCAGAAAAACUACUGGGAUCUCUGGACAUUGAUCACAACCAGUACAAGUUUGGCCAUACUAAGGUGUUCUUCAAGGCUGGUCUGCUGGGUACACUUGAAGAGAUGAGAGAUGACCGUCUUGCUCUCAUCAUUACUGGGAUUCAAGCAAGAGCUCGCGGUAUUCUCUCAAGAAUUGAGUUCCAGAAGAUUGUUGAGCGCAGAGAUUCAUUACUUGUUAUCCAGUGGAAUGUACGUGCCUUCAUGGGUGUCAAGAAUUGGCUCUGGAUGAAGCUCUACUUCAAGAUCAAACCACUGCUUAGAUCUGCUGAAGCGGAGAAAGAAAUGGCCAACAUGAAGGAAGAAUUCCUGAAGUUGAAGGAGGCUUACGCCAAAUCUGAAGCCCGCAGAAAGGAGCUUGAAGAAAAGAUGGUUUCUCUUCUCCAAGAGAAGAACGACCUACAACUUCAAGUUCAAGCUGAGCAAGAUAAUCUUUGUGAUGCUGAGGAGAGAUGUGAGGGCCUGAUCAAGAACAAGAUCCAGCUUGAGGCUAAAGUCAAAGAAAUGACCGAGAGACUGGAGGAUGAAGAGGAAAUGAAUGCUGAGCUGACUGCCAAGAAAUGAAAGCUGGAGGAUGAAUGUUCUGAGCUCAAGAAGGACAUUGAUGAUCUUGAGCUCACUCUGGCCAAAGUGGAGAAAGAGAAACAUGCCACUGAGAACAAGGUUAAAAACCUGACAGAAGAGAUGGCAGCUUUGGAUGAGAUCAUCGCUAAGCUGACCAAGGAGAAGAAAGCUCUGCAGGAGGCCCAUCAGCAAACACUGGAUGACCUCCAGAGUGAGGAAGACAAAGUCAACACACUCACUAAAGCCAAAGCCAAGCUGGAGCAACAAGUGGAUGAUCUUGAGGGUUCCCUGGAACAGGAAAAGAAACUUCGUAUGGAUCUGGAGAGGGCAAAGAGGAAGCUUGAGGGAGACUUAAAGUUGACCCAAGAGAGUUUGAUGGACCUGGAAAAUGACAAACAACAACUGGAAGAGAGGCUUAAAAAGAAAGAUUUUGAGAUCAGCCAGCUCAGUAGCAAGAUUGAAGACGAGCAGGCAAUGGCAGCCCAACUCCAGAAGAAACUGAAAGAGCUGCAGGCUCGUAUUGAAGAGCUUGAAGAAGAGCUGGAGGCUGAGAGAGCUGCUCGUGCCAAAGUUGAGAAACAGAGAGCUGAUCUGUCCAGAGAACUGGAGGAGAUCAGUGAGAGAUUGGAGGAGGCCGGUGGAGCCACUGCAGCCCAGAUUGAGAUGAACAAGAAACGUGAAGCUGAGUUCCAGAAGCUGCGCAGAGACCUUGAAGAGUCCACUCUGCAACAUGAGGCCACCGCUGCUACACUGAGGAAGAAACAUGCCGACAGUGUAGCUGAUCUGGGAGAGCAGAUUGACAACCUUCAGAGAGUGAAGCAGAAGCUGGAGAAAGAGAAGAGUGAACUCAGACUGGAACUGGACGAUGUGGUCUCCAACAUGGAGCAGAUUGCCAAGGCCAAGGCAAACCUGGAGAAAAUGUGCAGGACCCUUGAAGACCAGAUGUCAGAAUACAGAACAAAAUAUGAAGAAGGACAACGCAGCAUCAAUGACUUUACCAUGCAAAAAGCUAAGCUACAAACUGAGAAUGGGGAGCUUUCUAGACAGCUUGAAGAAAAGGAUUCCUUGGUCUCUCAGCUAACAAGAGCCAAGCAGUCCUACACCCAGCAGAUUGAGGACCUCAAGAGACAACUAGAGGAGGAAAUUAAGGCUAAGAAUGCCCUGGCCCAUGCAGUUCAGUCUGCUCGUCAUGAUGCUGAUCUGCUGAGGGAGCAGUAUGAGGAGGAGCAAGAAGCCAAAGCUGAGCUGCAGCGGAGUCUGUCCAAGGCAAACUCUGAGGUGGCUCAAUGGAGAACCAAGUAUGAAACUGAUGCCAUCCAGAGGACUGAGGAGCUGGAGGAUGCUAAGAAGAAGCUGGCUCAGCGUCUGCAAGAUGCAGAAGAAGCUGUGGAAGCUGUCAAUGCUAAAUGCUCCUCACUGGAGAAGACCAAACACAGGCUGCAGAAUGAGAUUGAAGAUCUCAUGGUGGAUGUGGAGAGAUCCAAUGCUGCUGCCGCUGCUCUGGACAAGAAGCAAAGAAACUUUGACAAGGUGAAUAAAACACACUUACUCUAUAAUCUUUCAGUAUUCAUCAAGCUCCAAUGAUAGCUAAUC